GUACGAGGUGAUUGCUGCUGCUGCGAUUGAAUUAAAACAAAAUCACAUCAUGGCUGACGAUACGCGGGGCUCCACAGCCAUUGCUCCCGAGCAAAGGGAGCCGGAAUCGCAAAAUACUGCAUCGGAUUUCACAUCUCAAAAGAAGCUGAAACAUGAGAUUCCUCAAUCGCAAGUCGGAAAACUUUGGGAUGCAUUUGGAAACCCUGAAGAGCCUGUCAACAUGCUUCCUUCUGCUGGGGUCAAGUCCGGAAAGAAGCACGCUGACAUCACGGUCACCGAAGCUAUGAAGUCUAUGUCGUUGGAGAAUGCUACGUCUUUCUACAAAGCACCCUGUGCUCGAGAUUCGUUGCUUAUCGGAAUCGGCGCCGGGUUCGGUGUAGGUGGGGUGAGGGGUGUCAUUGGAGGGCUGCCCAAGAUUUGGACUGCCUGUAACUGGGCCGUGGGCGCAUUUGCCAUUACCGCCCUCGCAACACAUGAAUUCUGCCAGCGACGUCGAGUACAGGAAUUGGACGGCAUGAAACAGGCUGUGGAGCUGAUGAAGGAACUCAAACUUAAGAAGCAGCGUGAGAAGGAGCAGAAGGAAAAGGAAGCUGCGCGCCUGGCGGAAGAAGAGAGGCAACGGAAGAGUUGGACCAACCCUUCCAACUACAAGUUCUGGUAGAGUCAAUUGCACAUCGCGUGGAGUCUUGGAGUAUGCUUUCAGGAAAUCAUUGUAUAUUAUUAUAUGUCAUGUGGUAUGCAUGUCAGGUACAUACAUAUUGUUCUAUUCAAGAGCUCCAU